AUGGACUCCGACGAAGAGGAGAUGAAAGCCAUGCGGGCGUCGAAUCGCUACUCCGGUCCCACACGGAAGGCCCCAAAACCCGAGGAGACGUCGACAAACAUGGCGGAGACGAGCAGUUUCCCUUCCCAGAUGGGAGGCGAUGGCUCCGACACCGAGAUGCCUAUGGAGAUGCAAGAGCUGAAGGGCUUCAACAUGCCUCUGUCCUUUGGAAAGCAGAAGCCCGUAAAGACUGUUGGCCCGGAAGCACACAACGCAACACAGCGAGCGCAGAAAGGAGCUCGAGGGCAGGAGAAAGCCGCAAAGCCUGGCGGCGUUCAGUUUGGUCACCGGGCGAAGGAUGCAGCCUCCGUUGCCGGCGCCACCGCCCGCCUGCAUAAGGCAGCUUUGGAGGCGGCGGAGGCGGAGGAGGCUGAAGACAAAGAGGAGGACAUUCCAACGGGGCCCCUCGUCACCUCAAAGCAGCGUGCCCCGGCACCGGUUGAAGAGCCCGAUGAGCUCCCCGAGCCCGGAAAGGAGAAUGAACUUCUGCCUGUCAGCCAUGAGGUGAACAUUCCAUGCCAUGACAAGGCAGUGACGGCUGUGGGCCUGGAUCCAAAGGGCUCUCGGAUGAUAGCAGGAAGCAUGGACGGCAUGUUCAAGUUCUUCGACUUCCAUGGCAUGUCUGAGGCCAAAGAGUCUUUCCGGAGCCUGGAACCCGUGGAGGGGAAGAUGGCUCAAUCCAUCUCCUUCAGCACCACUGGAGGGCAG